GCGCAGUUUUUGUGUCAAGGCCAAUUGAUUCCUCCGCACAGCCCAAACGGCUCAGUUGUACGAGCGCAGCAGCUCUUCGUGGUCGGUAUCUCCGAGUCCUCUUUUUUCCAGCGUCAGGCAUGGCUCAUCUGGACAAGCUGAGUACUCAGGAGUUGGAGGACAUCCUCUGCCAACUCUGCACCGACGAGAACAUCAAAGUCGCAGUCUCGGGAGACGACGACUCCAAGAAAAACCUCGCAAAGAGCGCUGGCUCAGCUAUCGGCGGCAAGAUGCUCAACAAGCUGGGCGGAUUUGGGAGCAUGUUUGGUGGUGGCUCCAAGGACAGCAAGGACAGCGGCAGCAGCGGAAAGGAUGCGGAGAUGCGUCCGGCCGCCGAUGUGAUCAGAGAGCUGCCCGAUAAGGAGAAGGACCAGCUGGCUGACACCAUCCAGAGCACCAUCUCCAAAUUUGGGGAUUUCAAGGACCCACAGGCACUUUUGAAGCUCAUCACUGAAAAUGCAAUGGUUAAGCAGCUCAUCACUAGUGCUGUCAAAAAUUUCCUGGGCAACUUCCUCAAGAGCGCUGGCGGAGGUGCCGCCUGAGCUCUGGGCUGCAGUUCUCCCCCAUUACCCUGACCCUCUGCUCCCCAAGGGGGCAUGAUAGCUGCGCUUGUUGGUGUUGUUUCCUUAUGGCUUGCUCUGUAGCAGCUGCUUUCCAAACCACCUCCUCCCUGUCUUUACAGCCCAAAGCUGCUGCACUGCCUUUUUCCAGGGCAGUGUUGCCAAGCUCAGGAAAAAAAUUAUUCCACGAGAUGCCACCGAGCUUGCUUCAAGAAGUCGCAGAUUUGCUCGUGUCCUGUGAUGUAGGCUUGUGCGCUCUUUCUCGUCCACAUCUCUUAAUUUUCCUAGUUAUGUGCAGAUUUCCUGGUUUAAUAUGGUGGGUUCAUUCCUGGCUGACAGAAGUGUGAUUAUUCUUAUACUAAAGUUUGAGGUACCACGAGAUUGAUUGUUCCAAGGGGCAAAAAACAUUGGGUUCAUUCACAAUGCAUCAGACAUUUGAAUCCUGUGAUCCUUUACUACCUUGCAUUAUUUGAGAGAAAAUUUUUUCCUAUGUUGCAUUUCAUUAACAUCUCGUGGGGGGGUUGUCACAUUGUGUAACAGGCAAGAAAGUAAAGACUCCAUUCAGGAUGAUCAUAUUUGGUAUAAAAGUGUGAAGUUGAAUGGCCCUUGUUAUUGGUUGUGCAGAAGAGGGAAGUGUAAAGAUAAGUGAAGUCUGUCGGCACACUAGAAAGCAGCUUAUGCAUCUACAUGUCCAAGCUUUAAUGGCUAUGGUCCCUUGUUUUGCAUAAAAUGGGUUGAGCUAUGGUAUGCUGUGUUGGGAUUAAAGUGUACAAUUUUUCUGGGCAUUGUAUUGAACAAAGUAUGUAAUCCUUCUCAUUUAUUAUCCUGAACCAACACUGCAUUUUCUAAUGGUCCAUUUCAUUUUUCAUCUUUUUCCCUCUUGGUCAUUAGCCUAGAUGCACAGCACCACCAUUGUUACUGGGAUUGGCCACUUUUCGUGUAGGGAUGAUUAAAAUGUAAAGUGAAACUGAGCAUUACAAAAUACAGGCCCUGAUGGUAUUUCAUGUGAUUCGUACUUCACCCCUGCAAGGUGUCAAGCUUAUUUAUGUAUGCAUAUAUAACAAGACCUAAAUUUGGAAAUGGCCCGAGAUAUCUCAGGGACUGCAUUAACAAUGCUUUCAGUCAUGCAUGCUUGCGCCUGUAUACCUCAGAGGAAAUGACUUUUUGGUUGAAACUUUUGUUGUCCUGAAUUUCAUAAAAAAAUUUUUUUUUUUUCAUAUAUAUGCAACAUUCAUUAUUAAGAGGGGCUUACCUCCUGGUAAAGUUCAUCAGUCAUAAUGCAUCCAUUUAAAAGCAAUACUUGUUUGAUGUUUCAGUAAAUUAUAGCGAAAAAGAACAGCUUAUUCUACGGACAAGACAGCGUGCAGCACUAGAGCCACGAGUACCAAAAACUAUUUUUGCUGAACCAUUUGCCAUUGUGACAAAACAGCCUUAACAAAUACAAGAAGCAAAGUAGUAUUUGAUAACUGUAAAAGUGCCGGAUUGCAUAGCUUUUCUUUUUGUUUAUAUUUAUUUUGUUUGUUUUGCUAUGACACAGCCUCUUCUUCAAUGGAUACACUGCCAUUGUUUGUGUUGGAGAGGAGUGAGCAGUUGCACAUUUUUUUUUUCUUAACAAAAUGUAAGGAAAUUUGACCGCCCAUAUUAGUCUAAAUGCCUUUUAUGUAUGGCAUAAGCACGGGGAAAAAAAAAAAAACUUUUAUAUGCAGUUGAUUUUAUACAAGAAAGGCUUGAGAGUACUUGACACACUAAGCAGUGUACAAUCAUAAAAGAUUAGUUAUCUGGAGCCCAAUAGCAAUUAUUAGUUAUAUUUGUGUUAUUGCUGGUUGAUGUGUUGACAACCUAUUUUUGUUUUGUUAAUGAGAUAUAUUGUUUAUUGCGCGGAACUGCGUUAUGUAUUCAUACAUACAAAAAUGUAUACUGGCUUUAUGUAUACACCAUGAGCUGUUACAUUAUGCAGCUAUUGUGAGCACUCAAAUAAAAUGCCUACAGAAAUUG